ACAGAAGGAGAGACUGUCAUUCAACGACUAGUGCCUUGAGCUAUCCAACCAACAACAUUUCAAGCCUGCUACUUUUCAACAAAUAACGUUUAUUUUUAUUUGUAUGAUUAUUUGUAGUUAAUUUCAGGAGGACCAUAAUGAACGUUUUAUAGCCGAAUACUGAAAACCGAGUGGAUUUUUACUGACCUCAAUCUCAAGAUGUCUAUACUGCCAUUCACUUUCGCGAUUGUGAAGAGGAUUUUAGGCUGGAAAAGGGGCGAACAGAUAAAUGGACAAGAGGAGAAAUGGUGUGAAAAGGCAGUGAAAAGUCUCGUGAAGAAAUUGAAGAAGACAGGACAGCUGGACGAGUUGGAGAAAGCCAUCACGACCCAGAAUAUCAACACCAAAUGCAUUACCAUACCAAGGUCUCUAGAUGGUCGUCUCCAGGUGUCCCAUCGCAAAGGCCUUCCCCAUGUCAUUUACUCUCGUCUGUGGCGUUGGCCAGACCUGCAGUCGCCCCACGAGCUCCGGGCCAUAGAGCAGUGUGAGUACGCCUUCCACACCAAGAAGGACGAGGUGUGUGUCAACCCCUACCAUUACCAACGCGUCGAGACACCAAUCCUCCCUCCUGUCCUGGUUCCGAGACAAACAGAAAUCCCUACAGAGUGUCCUAUUUUAGACGACUACAGCCAUUCUAUCCCUGAGAACACCAUCUUCCCCGCCGGCAUCGAGCCACAGAGCAACUACAUCCCAGGCGAGUCACACAAUUGAGCCGGGCCGAGCUAUACUACCCCUCCUCCUGGGUAUCUGAGUGAGGAUGGAGAGGCUAGCGACCACCAUCUUAACAACCUGAUGAACACAGGCUCACCUAGUAACCUGUCACCAGAAUCAGCCUCACCAACACACAGCACUAACCUGGACCUACAGCCGGUAACGUACUGUGAGUCAGCGUUCUGGUGCUCUAUGUCCUAUUAUGAGUUGAACCAGCGUGUGGGCGAGACCUUCCAUGCCUCCCAGCCCUCUCUCACUGUCGACGGGUUUACAGACCCCUCCAACUCAGAACGCUUCUGCCUGGGACUACUGUCCAACGUCAACCGCAACGCUGCUGUGGAGCUCACACGCAGACACAUAGGCCGGGGUGUGAGGUUGUACUACAUCGGAGGAGAGGUGUUUGCAGAGUGUCUUAGUGACAGUGCCAUCUUUGUCCAGAGUCCCAACUGUAAUCAAUGCUAUGGCUGGCACCCUGCCACUGUCUGCAAGGUGCCUCCAGGCUGUAACCUGAAGAUAUUCAAUAACCAGGAGUUUGCAUCUCUGCUGGCCCAGUCGGUGAACCAGGGCUUUGAGGCCGUCUACCAGCUCACCAGGAUGUGUACCAUACGCAUGAGCUUUGUGAAGGGCUGGGGCACCGAGUACCGGCGACAGACCGUAACCAGCACCCCUUGUUGGAUUGAGCUGCACCUCAAUGGCCCUCUCCAGUGGCUGGAUAAAGUACUGACACAGAUGGGCUCCCCCAGCAUCCACUGUUCUAGUGUCUCCUAAAUACACGCACGCAGGUGCGCAGACAGAACAGUCAUUCUGGAAAAGUACCUUUUUUCUCUCACGGCUAACUAACUUACCAGGAAGUUUGAAAAGACAGGCUGAGUGGGCCGGGGAAGCUUAUAUUCAUGAUCUCGCCUUGACUGACAGCUCUUUGAAAGCUGAUGUCAAGCAACUGGGAUGCAGUGAGCAGUGUUGGGAGUAAAAUUAUCUCAAGCUAAUGUGGUGAUACACAAAGCAACUCAAACAGCAUUGAAAAUGCAUCAAUUAUGUCAACAACAAAAAUUCAUACGUCCACCAUUUGGCAUGUCCCUUGUGAUGCAGUUCACAGCAGCACUGACGGAUGUGUUGACAUGACAACUGCAUCUGAGUUUUGAACGACCCUUACCCUCCUUUUGUUCCAUGCUGGCUGAAGACCCUAGCUAGCCAGUCACUAGCUAACACCAGACAAAGACCUAGCUAGCCAGUCACUAGCGAACACCAGACAAAGACCCUAGUUAGCCAGUCACUAGCUAACACCAGACAAAGACCUAGCUAGCCAGUCACUAGCUAACACCAGACACAGAUGAAGACCUAGCUAGCCAAUAACUAGCUAACACAAGACAUAAAGACCUAGCUAGCCAGUCACUAGCUAACACCAGACAUAAAGACCUAGCUAGCCAGUCACUAGCUAACACCAGACAUAAAGCUAGCCAGUCACUAGCUAACACCAGACAUAAAGACCUAGCUAGCCAGUCACUAGCUAACACCAGACAUAAAGACCUAGCUAGCCAGUCACUAGCUAACACCAGACAUAAAGACCU